AUGUCGUUCCCAAAAUGUGGCAUUUGCAGUUUUGAAUAUUCCGAUGAAACCGGACACCGAGUACCAAGAACAUUGAAAUGUUCGCAUACCGUGUGCUCUUCCUGUGCUGGUAAAUUGGUCGAAAAUUGUGCGAUCGAAUGCCCAUUGUGCCGUGGCAUAACCAGCGAUAUUGUCAAUAAUGAUGUGGGAACCCUUCAGAAGAAUUUUGGAUUACUGGACUUUAUGAGAAAUUUGACAGUGGAAUCUGAUGUGGUCUACGUCAAUUCGCCACCUCAAUGUAGAGCUCAUUCAUACAACUUGGCGGAGUUCGUCUGUAUUAAGAGUGACUGCACGGCGGAAGACAAACUGAUGUGUCGUACUUGUGAAGAGUUUGGAAAACACAAGGGUCACCAGAAAGGAUUAUUGGUAGAAGAGGGAAUGAAGAUAAGAAAAAAAGUUGGGGAGCUUAUAAAUGAGACGAAAAGCCAGAAAGAGCUCAUUGAAAUUCAUCUGGAGAAAAUUAAAAGUGUCCAAGACUCGUAUGCUUCCAACGGAGAUAAUUAUAAAAUGGUGGUUAACGGGGUCAACUUGCAUUUCGAGUCAAUUCGGCGUAUUGUUGAUGAAGCAGAAGAGAAAGUGCUUCAAGCUCUCCGAGACAAAUCCGAAUCCGCCACUGACAAAGUUGAUCAACUGGCUUCAAACGAUGAAUUUGAUAUUGUUGUGUUGAACGAGUACAUCGAAAAAAUGAAUCAAUUACUUUUGAAUCCGGACUCUGAACUGAUUGGAAAUAACCCAUCUCUGCAGCGUACAAACUUCAAUUUGAGAAUAAUCGAGCCACCAAAGCCACUGACAGAAAACGAUGUUUUGCUUCCUACCGUUACUCUUAACGAAACAGGAAGUGGUCAGCAAUAA